AUGCUCCCCAACAGAAGACGGGCAUACCAUCAUAAUGGCCCAGCUGGACCUUUGGAGAACGAUGAAUCGGAUCCCAGCGCGCCAGCACCUGUUCAGGCGAGGCCAACCUUGCCCGAUGGCUACUCUCCGAUUUAUAGCGCGCGACAAGACGGCCUUGAGGAUUCAAAUCACCUCGGAUUCCUUGUGGGUGCUGGAGAUGAGCCUGAAGUGACAGCGUUGCUGGAAGUUGCUUCUGAAAAUCUGGAGCUCAAGCAGAAUUUAGUACAAAAGAAGCAGAUGGAACAACAGAUUUCGCGACAGCAACAAGAGUGGAAAUCUCGAUACUGGACAGCUCAAGAGCAUCAGAGAUUUCUCGAAGGGCUUAAGGUCCAUGGGCAACGAAAUUUCAAAGCGAUUGCAGGAUAUGUUGGAACGAGAACCUCCACACAGGUUAAAACACAUGCGCAAAAGUUUUUUCAAAAGAUGGCGCGUCAGAAAGGCAACGAAACAUCCAGCUCUGGAGGCGCCGAUGGUUCCACAUGUGCUGAAGCCGUGAAGGACUCGGACAUGAAGUCAGAUGUCCAGUUUGACUCCAGCGAAGGUUUCCCUCUUGCUCUCGCGCUCUCCCUGAAUGGGACAGGACAAAUCAUCUACCGAAUCACUUCAGUCGUCAUCUCCUAG